UUUUGACAGGUCAGAGUCCAACUACUUCCGAAAGUUUAUCGAAUUUAAAACUUCAAUUAUUUAUUUAAAAUCAAUUAACUACUUUAGUGUUGUUUUAUUACAAUUUAAUUUAGUUUCUUCCUAAAAUAUGGCUUCCAAAGUAGCAAAAUCUUUAUUAAAAGUUUCCUCUCCGAGUUCAACUGUGAAAUUCGAUACAGCUAGAAGAGCACUGAGUGUCAGUGCAGCUUUACAACAGAAAAAGACACUACCUGACCGCACUGGCAAGAAUGUGGUGCUGGUGGACGGAGUCAGGACUCCAUUCCUGGUAUCCUUCACGGAUUACGCUAAGAUGAUGCCUCAUGAGCUAGCCAGACAUUCACUGCUUGGCUUACUGCAAAAGACCGGUGUAUCCAAGGAUGUGAUAGACUACAUUGUAUAUGGAACCGUCAUCCAAGAGGUGAAGACAUCUAACAUCGGUCGGGAAGCAGCUCUAGCGGCUGGCUUCAGUGACCGUACACCUGCACAUACAGUUACCAUGGCUUGUAUAUCUUCAAAUCAAGCUAUUACAACAGGUGUGGGUAUGAUAGCAGCAGGUGCAUACGACGUAAUAGUAGCUGGAGGUGUUGAGUUCAUGUCUGAUGUUCCCAUCCGGCACUCGCGCAAGAUGAGAUCAUUGUUGCUACGUCUCAACCGUGCUAAGACACCUGCGCAGCGCCUCUCCCUAAUCGCCUCUAUAAGACCGGAUUUCUUCGCGCCUGAGUUGCCAGCAGUAGCGGAGUUCUCAUCGGGAGAGACAAUGGGGCACAGCGCAGACAGACUAGCAGCGGCAUUCGGCGCCUCUCGAGCUGAACAAGAUGAAUACGCACUGCGCUCCCAUACUCUGGCUGCAAAUGCCAGAGAUAAGGGAUAUUUUACUGACCUCAUCCCGGUUAAAGUGGAAGGCAAAGACGGUGUAUUGGACAAGGACAAUGGUAUCCGUGUGUCCACUCCGGAGCAGCUGCAGAAACUCAAGCCGGCAUUCAUCAAGCCACAUGGAACUGUUACUGCAGCUAAUGCUUCAUUCCUGACUGAUGGUGCAUCCGCUUGCCUGAUAAUGUCAGAAGCCAAGGCCAAGGAGUUGGGCCUCAAGCCAAAGGCCUAUGUACGAGAGUUUACCUACGUCGCACAGGAUCCAGUAGACCAGUUGCUGCUGGGCCCUGCAUAUGGUAUCCCCACCAUAUUGGACAAGGCCGGCCUCAAGAUGAGUGACAUUGAUACAUGGGAGAUACACGAGGCCUUCGCGGGUCAAAUUCUAGCUAACUUGAAAGCGCUGGACUCUGAUUGGUUUGCCCAAACAUAUCUUGGACGUCAAACAAAGGUUGGUAACCCCGAUUUGAAGAAAUGGAAUGCUUGGGGUGGGUCUCUUUCUAUUGGACAUCCCUUCGCUGCCACUGGGGUUCGGCUGGCGAUGCACACAGCGCACAGACUGGUCCGUGAGGAUGGCCAGUUGGGACUGAUCUCUGCGUGCGCGGCUGGUGGACAAGGCGUCGCCAUGUUGCUUGAGAGACAUCCCGAUGCUAAAGCUGAAUAAUUGACUAAUGUUGUAGGAG